AAACCUCUCUUUGAUAGUUUUGCAUUAUGCGUGUUCUUGGUGAGCGAGAACCGUGAGCUAUCCAUAUCGAACGCAACGCAGCAGGAGAUGGAAAAUAGCGGAGGAGAAGUGGUAGAGAAGGAUCGCACCGUGGUGUGCAUCGGCGACAUCCAUGGCUACUUCUCCAAGCUCCAAGCACUCUGGUCCAACCUUGAGAUUCAUCUCGGUCCCUCCGCCUUUGCCUCCGCCCUCGUCAUUUUCCUCGGAGACUACUGCGACCGAGGCCCGCAAACCCUAGAGGUCCUUGACUUCCUCAUCUCAUUGCCGGCUCGAUACCCUGCCCAAACCCACGUCUUUCUGUGUGGAAACCAUGAUUUCGCUUUCGCGGCUUUCGUUGGUGCUCUUCCAGCGCCGCCGGAUGGAUCGCAUUUCUCUAGCACUUGGUCAGAGUACGAGUGUAACGAGGAGCGGGAGGGGUGGUUCAAAGGGUUGGGUUUUGAGGAGAUGCAUUUGCAGGGGAGGAGAUGGGCAGGUACUAUCAAGGUGAAGUGGAAUUCCGAGAAGGGCAUGGAGUAUAAGGGCUCCAUUUAUGAUGCUGCUCCAACCUUUCAAUCUUAUGGAGUGCCACAUGGAUCUGCUGACUUGAUUAAAGCUGUCCCUAAUGCUCAUAAGAAGUUUCUUGCGAACUUGGUUUGGGUGCAUGAGGAGGAUAAUGUCUGGAUUGAUAGCCCAGAUGGAAGGCUUUGUUGCGAACUGAUUGCUGUCCAUGCGGGUUUAGAGAAAUCGAAGAACGUUGAUGCACAGAUGAAACGAUUGAGAGCCAAAGACACAAGUCAGCCAAAAGUCACAGCUCUUAGUGGGAGGCAUGAUGUUUGGGAGAUACCAAAGGAAUUAACUGAGAAGCCAACAAUAGUGCUGAGUGGUCACCAUGGGAAACUCUUUAUUGAAGGUCUCCGUCUUGUUAUUGAUGAAGGUGGUGGAAUGCAAGAUUUACCAGUAGCUGCUAUUGUGCUCCCUCAAAUGGUGAUAAUCCGGGAUACAGAUAAAAUUUCAGCCAUGGAGCAAAUGUGAACAAAUUGAAGAGUGACUCUUUUUAUUUAUGCUGGAAGUCAAGAGAGGAACAAUGUAUGAUAUACGAGACAGUGGAUGAAAUGCAUUUAUUGAAAUAAAAAGUGAAUGUUACAACAAA